AUGGCUGCUCGAUCAUCCCUCGUCACCCUCAGAGCAGCAGCUCGUACAGCCGUCAGACCCGCCUUGGCUUCUCGAUCUUUCCGAUCUGCCGCUGUCCUAAGAGAAGUAAAACCCACUGCAGAACCUUCAGUAGCACCAUUCACCGAACCAGCAGGGAUCAAUCCGGCCGAUAAGACUGCACCUCUCAGUUCCCCAUUACAUGAAUACGGUCAAUACAUCUUGACAUGUUUACCUAAACACGUUCAACAGUUCUCGGUUUACAAGGACGAAUUGACAUUAUAUAUCCCACCUACAUCUGUCGUACCCACUUUGACCUUUUUGAGGGAUCACACUCAAUGUCAAUAUAAGCAGGUUAUGGAUAUUACGGCGGUGGAUUUCCCCUCUAGAGUUAACAGGUUUGAGAUCGUCUAUCACCUUCUCUCAGUAGCUCACCAAUCUAGAAUCAGGGUGAAAACCUACGCCGACGAGGUCACACCUGUACCUUCAUCUGUAGGAGUGUUCAACGGAGCGAAUUGGUAUGAAAGAGAAGUUUGGGAUAUGUACGGUGUAUUCUUCAGUGGACAUCCUGACUUACGACGUAUUUUGACGGAUUACGGUUUCGAAGGACACCCUUUGAGGAAGGACUUCCCAUUGACCGGUUACUCGGAAGUACGAUAUGACGAAGAGAAGAAACGAGUUGUGUAUGAACCAUUGCAGCUCACCCAGGCAUUCCGAAACUUCCAAGAUGGUAAUUCACCUUGGGAACAAGUCGGUGCCGGAAACCCCAAUGUACGACCCGAAGAAUUCAAGAUCCCUCCUCCCCCACCACCAAAGGAAGAACCCAAGGAUCAGAAGAAAUAG